UCCGCUUAACAACAGUAACGUCACGCGGCUCCAGGGGAGUUUUGUUGGAAGUUGCAAAGUCCUGGAGCCUCCAGAGGCCGUCGGCGCAGCAGCAGCGAGCAGCAGCUCCGCGCGCUCCGGCCGGCGCCACAGGAGCCCGAGGAGCGCGGGCCGCAGGCGCCCCGCGAGCGCGUACCCGGCCGCCCCGCCGCCCCGGCCCGAGCCGCCCGGCCAUGGCGCACCAGCUCCUGUGCUGCGAGGCCGAGUCCGUCCGCCGGGCGUACCCCGAUGCCAACCUGCUGAGCGACCGGGUGCUGCGCGCCAUGCUCAAGGCGGAGGAGACCUGCGCGCCCUCGGUGUCCUACUUCAAGUGCGUGCAGAAGGAGAUCCUGCCGUCCAUGCGGAAGGUCGUGGCCACCUGGAUGCUGGAGGUGUGCGAGGAGCAGAAGUGCGAGGAGGAGGUCUUCCCGCUGGCCAUGAACUACCUGGACCGCUUCCUGUCGCUCGAGCCGCUCGCGAAGAGCCGCCUGCAGCUGCUCGGGGCCACCUGCAUGUUCGUGGCCUCCAAGAUGAAGGAGACCAUCCCGCUGACGGCCGACAAGCUCUGCAUCUACACCGACAACUCCAUCCGGCCCGCCGAGCUGCUGCAAAUGGAGCUGCUCCUGGUGAACAAACUCAAGUGGAACCUGGCGGCCAUGACCCCCCACGAUUUCAUCGAGCACUUCCUCUCCAAAAUGCCGGUGGCCGAGGAGAGCAAACAGAUCAUCCGCAAACACGCGCAGACCUUCGUCGCCCUCUGCGCCACAGACGUGAAGUUCAUCUCCCACCCGCCCUCCAUGGUGGCCGCCGGGAGCGUGGUGGCCGCGGUGCAGGGCCUGCACCUGGGGGGCACCGGCAGCCAGCUGUCCUGCCACCGCCUCGCCCGCUUCUUGUCCAAGGUGAUUAAGUGUGACCCGGACUGCCUCCGCGCCUGCCAGGAGCAGAUCGAAGCCCUGCUGGAGGCCAGCCUGCGCCAGGCCCAGCAGAACCUGGACCCCAAGGCGGCCGAGGAGGAGGCGGAGGAGGAGGAGGAGCUGGACCUGGCCUGCACGCCCACCGACGUGCGGGACGUGAACAUUUGAGGGGCCGUGGGGGGGGGCCGGCCGGUGCUCUGCUGGCCCCUCCGGGACCUGUCGCCCGGGAGGGGUCGCGCCCUCCUGCUGUCGUUUCCUUUGCUCUUCCUCCCUUCUGUCUCUGACUUAAGCAAAAAAAAAAAGUACCUGAAAAACUCUUAAGAGAGAGCGAGAAAGGAUAGUGUUUGCAUAACCCUGAGCGGGGUGG